AUGACAGUCACCGUCACCAUUAUCAUUACCGUUACUAUUACCAUUACCGUUACCGUUACUAUUGCCGUCACCGUUACCGUUGUAGUAACCGUCACUGUUACCGUUACUGCUAUCAUCACCGUUACCGUCACCGUCACCGUAAUUGUUACCAUAACCGUUACUAUCAUCGUCAUCGUUACAAUUACCAUUAUUCUCACCAUGAUUGUUAUGAUUAUUGUUACUGUAACCAUAACCAUUAAAGUGACCGUUACCGUGAAAGUUAUAAUUAUCGUCACCGUAACCAUUACCGUCACCAUUACUGUAAUCGUUACCAUCACUAUUACCAUCACCAUCACCAUUUCCAUCACUAUUACCGUUACAAUUAGCAUCAUCGUUACCGUCACCUUUACCAUUACCGUUACUAUUAGCGUCACUGUUAUUGUUACUUUUACCGUUACCGUUGUUUUUAGCGUCAUCAUUGUUACCAUUAGUGUUACCAUUAUAGUGACUGUUAUCGUCACUGUUUCCAUCACCGUCACUGUUACCAUCACUGUUUCAAUCACCGUGUCUGUCACCGUCACCGUGACUGUUAUCUUUACCAUUACUAUUACCGUCACUGUUAACGUUACCAACACCGUAACCGUUACGGCAACUGUUAUUGUAAUGGUUACCAGCACCGUGACCUUAACCUUUAUCGUGACCGUUACCGUUACCAUUACUGUUACCAUCACCGUUACUGUUACUGUUACCAUCUCAGUUACUGUCACCAUUAUCGUAAUCGUUACCGAUACUAUUAUCAUCACUAUCACCAUUACCAUCAUCGUUACUAUCGUCAUUACCGUCACCGUCAUAGUUACCAUAAUCGUCAUUGUUACUAUCACCAUCACUGUUAUCGUCACUAUAAUCGUUACUAUUACCAUUACUGUUACCAUCAUCGUUAUCAUCACCAUGACCAUGACCGUUACCGUUACCUUCAUUGUCACCAUUACCGUUACCAUCAUAAUGACCAUUAUCGUCACCCUUACCGUUACUGUUACUGUCACCAUCACGAUCACCGUAACCAUUACCAUCACCUUUACCGUUAUCGUCACUGUUACCGCAACCGCCACAGUCGCCUCAUCAUCACCGUUAACAUUACCAUUACUAUCAUAG